AUGGAGCUGCUGCUAGUGUUGGUCUGUUUGAACUCACAGAAGGUCUCUCCCUCUCUGUCGCUGGCCGUCCCGCUGCAGACGACGCUGCUCGACCUGGACGCUCUCGCUCGACACCUCGCCGACUGCAUCCGGAGCCGUGAGAUCCUGGACCAGCAGGACGGGAUGAUCGAGGACGACGGGCUGACCGGCCUCCUGCGUCUCGCCACCAGCGUCCUCAAACACAAACCUCCCUUCAAGUUCUCGCGCGAGGGUCAGGAGUUCCUGCGCGACGUGCACAACCUCCUCUUCCUCCUGCCCAGCCUGGCAGACCGCGCUCAGCCCAAAUGUAAAUCUCACGCCGCCCGGGCCGCCGCCUACGACCUGCUGGUGGAGACGGUGAAGGGAUCCGUGGAAAACUACCGGCUGCUGCACAACUGGGUCAUGUCCCAGCACAUGCAAGGUGAGGAAGAUGACUACGUGUCUCUUUAUAUCUAA